GUGAGGUGGAACUUUAGAGAAUGGCGGAAGCUUUGAAAAUUAAGCAAUGGGAGUUUCUUCGUCGACAGUCGACAGUACGUGGAUGAAGCUGAGCCAUUUCUUUCUUCCUCCUGAACUUGUUCGUUCGCAACCCCCGGCUCUUCCUAAACAGAGCCUAUUGCUAUGAGCCUCUGGGAAAGAGAAAGAUAGAGGGGAGUCCGUAGAGGAUGAAACUGCUUGCAUUCACCAAGCACGCGUCGAUGGCGAUUUCUCGUUGUCUCCGCCCCGCGCUUUCGACAACGAUUCGCUCUUCUUCUUCUUCUUCUUCUACUUCCUCUGAUGCCGUGAAAUGGGAAGGCGGGAUUUCCAUGGUGCAGGGCUGUUCUAGGGGAAUCGGGCUUGAAUUCGUCAAGCAGCUGCUGCAAAAAAGUGAAAAAGGGCAUGUCAUUGCUACAUGUCGCAAACCUAAUGAGGCAUCAGGGCUUCUUUCGCUCAAAAAUAUGUUUGCUCAACGACUUAGCAUUCUGCCGAUGGACGUGACUGAUGAAAGCACCAUAGAGGCAUCUGCAAAGUCCAUAAAAGAUAGAUAUGGCUCCUUGAAUCUUCUGGUUAAUGCAUCUGGAAUUCUUUCAAUACCUGAUGUACUCCAACCAGAAACGACACUCCUCAAAGUAGAGAAGUCAUCGUUGCUGCUCACAUAUGAGAUCAAUGCUGUGGGCCCUAUCCUUGUCAUCAAGCACAUGUGGCCCCUUCUAAAGGCUGGCGGAGGCACUGGUACUGAUAGAGAUGUUGCUGUUGUGGCCAAUAUCAGUGCCCGGGUGGGUUCAAUUGGGGACAAUCGCCUUGGGGGGUGGCACUCUUAUCGAUCCUCCAAAGCCGCAUUGAAUCAGUUGACAAAAACGGUGUCAGUAGAGUUUGCGCGUAGGAAGGAUCCAGUUAUCUGCAUUUUGCUGCACCCAGGCACAGUGGACACAGAUCUCUCGAAGCCGUUUCAGAGAAAUGUUCCGGAAGGCAAGCUUUUCACCAAGGAGUAUUCGGUGCAGAAGCUCUUGGGAAUUAUCGACCAUGCAAAGAUUCAAGACAAUGGCAAGUUUUUUGCCUGGGAUGGUCAAGAAAUCCCAUGGUAGGCUUAACAAUUACAAUUACAUUGCUUAAUUGUUUAUCUAUCUUGAGAGAGAGAGACUCCACAAUGACAAUUUUCUUCUUCUGUUCUUUACUGUCAUGAUGCUUUUCUCGUACCCUUUUUGACCUAUAACUUUUUCAAUAAGAUUUUUUUGAUCUAUUACCA